UACUUUUGAAAAUCAUUCCCAGUAAAUUGUAAAAUGCUGUAUCAUAAUUCAUAAGUAAUUAUUAUUAUGGAAAACCACAUUUCAAAUAAUGAUAUAUUCAAAAAUGGUAAUCAUGACAAAGGCAUUGUUAAAGAAGGUUUUCUAUGGAAAAGGGGAGAGCACAUAAAGAAUUGGAGACUACGAUAUUUUUUUCUCUUAGAAGAUUGCAGUUUAAUUGGAUUUAAAAAUAGGCCUACUCAUAAUUUAAAUGACCCUUUAAACAAUUUCACUGUUAAAGGUUGCCAAAUUAUGACAUCCGAUAAACCAAAACCUAACGUUUUUAUUAUAAGAGGAUUACUCAUGACAUCAAUAAUUGAAAGAACAUUUAGCACACAAUCUCCUGAAGACAGGGAAUCUUGGAUAGAAGCUAUUAACAACGUGUCCAAUAAACUCGGGGCCGAAGAAACAGAGGCUUACAUGAAAAAUCCUUCACCCAAACCCAGGAAGAAAAUGGAUUUGAUGGAUUUCCAAUUCCUGCAAACCUUGGGUCAGGGCACUUUCGGGAAAGUUAUAUUGUCCAAGGAAAAGACGACGGGCAAAUUGUACGCUCUCAAAAUUUUGGAUAAGAAGCAAAUCAUUUCGAAAGACGAAGUUGCUCACACCUUGACCGAAAACCAAGUCUUACAACAAAGCAAUCAUCCCUUUUUAACUCAACUCAAAUAUUCCUUUCAAACACCGGACAAACUUUGUUUCGUUUUGGAGUGCGCCAUAGGAGGUGAACUCUACACCCAUUUAUCCCACGACAGAACGUUUACGGAAGAGAGAAGUCGAUUUUAUGGUGCCGAAAUAACGACCGCCAUAGGUUACUUACACGAACACGAUAUCGUUUAUCGAGACUUGAAGCUUGAAAAUUUAUUGUUGGAUAAAGAAGGUCAUAUUAAAAUCGCCGAUUUUGGAUUGUGCAAGCAGGACAUAAGCUAUGGCGAUAAAACUAGGACAUUCUGCGGAACUCCCGAAUACUUAGCGCCCGAGCUUAUAGAGGACGAGUAUUACGGCCGUGCCGUAGAUUGGUGGUCUCUAGGCGUGGUGAUGUACGAAAUGCUUUGCGGUCGGUUACCAUUCCAUCACCGCGAUCACGAAAGGCUGUUUCAGAUGAUCGUAAGCCAUCCGGUUAGGCUCCCAACGUCAACCCUUUCCGUUCCCGCUCGUUCUUUACUCUCUGGUUUGUUAGUCAAGGAUCCGGAGAGGAGAUUGGGCGGUGGACCUGACGAUGCCAAAGAGAUUAUGAGGCAAGCCUUUUUCGAGUCCAUCAACUGGGAAGAUUUAGUUGCCAAAAAGAUAACCCCUCCUUUCAAGCCCUACCUAACGAGCGAUACCGACACGCGUAAUUUUGACACAAAAUUUACUCGCUUACCAGUCACCAUAACACCCCCUAAUACCCCUCGUAGCGCGUCAUCUAACUCGAAGAGCAUGAAUUCUUCGAAUAGGUUCGACUUUUCCAAUCAAACUAACAUUAAUUCGCCCUUUCAACAACCGUUAAAUAUGGCAAAUCAAAAUUUUCCUUUGCUGCAGCAACACCAAAACAAUCAGUUACACUUUUCCCAUUUUACCCUCGCCGGUUCCACUCUCUCGUCCAUCAACGAAGACCCUGAUAACGAACAACCUCAUUUCACCAAAUUUUCAUAUCAGGAUGUAAGCGCCUUGGGAAGUUCUCAUUCGUGCGAAAAUAUGGAACGGAUUAUGGACAGCUGAACCAAGAAAAAAGUUUUAAUGGGAGGAGUAAAAGAAAAUCAUGUCCACAAUUUCCGUUGAAUUUAUUUUUGUCAAAAGAGAUGGAAAAACGAUAAAUUAUUAUUUAAUAUUUUUAUAAAUUUUUUGCAUACACAUAAAAAUUAAAAAAUAAUUUAAUUCGCAAUAUAAACAAAAGUUCCCGAGUCAUAUCUAGGUGGGUAAGGGGAAUUAUAUUUGGUGUCAAAUAACCUGUUUAAAAUUUAUAAUGGCGCGAACUCAACGUUUAUUAUUAUAUAUAUUUUUUAAAUUGAAUUAUUCUAUUAUAUAUUUUUGGAUUUCAUAUUUUUAAAGUGUUUAAUAGUAGAAUGGGGAUAAAUUGGACCCGGUUAAGGAUAAGAUUUGGAUGAAAAGUUGAAAGAUUUAAUAAUAGUUCCAAAUUAAGAUAUUUACAUCAUUAUAUUUAUAUAUUAUCUAAGAGAUUAUGAAUUGUGAUAAACUAGUACUAUUUAUUUAUAACAUUAUAAAACCCUGAAUUUUAAUAUAAGCAUUAACCACAACAAAGAUAUCAUUCUUCAUAUUUAUAUAUAUUCUAUAUUAUAAUGUAGUUUAUACAGUGGCUUAAUACACAUUUGUUUUUGAAUUGUUUCAUUUAUUAUAUUAUACAUAUUUAU